AUGGCUUCCACCAUGGUCACCACCAGCAAUUUCCCGGUCCCGGUCCCGACAGCUCAAGCACUCAGCAUCACUAUCGACCCGGUCAGGCUCAGGUGCGACCGCAUGAUAGCGGACAUGACGGACCCACACUGGACACCCAGCGAUGCGAACAAGCACACGGACACCGCUAGGGUCCACCAUUUCGCGCGCAUGAUCCCACGCAACCACAGCCCCUUCAUCAACGUCAUCGAGGUCAUGAGCUAUGGCUGCAAGAUAGCCGUGACCAAGGACGACAAUGCGAAGUGGGCCGCCCUUCUAAAAGUCAUGGUCAAGUCCACUCCACCCAUCGAUCCCAUCUGGAUCAUGGACAUCUUCGAGGCAUUUGCCAACAACAUGCCGUUCAUGUGGGAGAUCGUCAAUGUGCUGGUCUCAGUCCCUCAAGCUGUCAUUCAUUUUGCCACGUUUGUUCAAAAGCAUGCGGGACAAAGCCAGAUCGCGGACCUAGGUAAAGUCAAGGAAUCCUUACGCCACUUUGUCAGAUCCUGGACCAUCCGCACACCUGGUGAAGACCCCCUCGUCGUUUCUCCGGAGCCAACGGGGAAGCAGAGUAAGGGGCAGCUGGGCUUCAAUUCGCUCUGGACAGCACGCCUUCUCACUCCCCGAGAGAGACUCAAGGAGUUUGAGAGGGAGCCAAACCACUUCUGUACCCAGGUCCAGCUCGGCCUGACGACCAUUGACGCUAACUCGUGGCCUACCAUGGUAUAUAGCGAAGACACGCCGUACAACCCCGACAACCGUGUUCAAGGAUUCUUCGAGAGCGAGUUGCUCAUUGGUGUGUAUCGCUCUCUCUUCACUGGACAUCAAACCGCUUUCGGGCCCCCUGCCAUCACUGGAAAGGGACGCGCGUCCAUCUCCAGGGAAUAUGGCCUUUCUUCCGUGACUCGCGAGAGGAUUGCGUACAUUGCUACCAUGGUGCGUUUCGCUCUCAGCGACACAGCAGUUUGGUGCGACCUGCAGGGCGCUUUCAGUGGAAAGGCAUUCUACGAUCUCAUUGUCGAUAUACUCGACCCCCAGACCGUCUUAGGUGCUCAGAAGCUCGCGUUCUGGCAGAGGAAGGUGUACGGCAGCCAAACAAGCUUCGACCAGGGGAGCUCUGCCACGCCUGCUUUGAAGCGCGCCAAUGGUUUCGCCAACGAGGCGGAACUCAUCAAGGCUCAGUUCGUGCAGCAGCUCGUCGCGCAUGAGGACGAUAGGCUCCCGGUGUACACCGCCCUCGUCCUCUACUUCACGAUCCGCUUUCAGCCCAUGCAGGCCAUGGAAAAUCUAGCACUCGCGAACGAGCUCGUCCAUCGCCACGACAUACGCUUCACGACGUCCGACAUCAAGAUCUGGGACCCGCUCAUCCUGGACUCGGAGGAGGUAGAAGGGCACGAAGCGACCGUGUGCGCGCUCAGCGGAUUCUGGUACCACGCGCUGAGCCUGAACAUGGUGUAUGGCGCCCCCCUCCACCUGCGCUCCAGAGAAGAGGACGAGUCUUUCUCGGUCCAGGUCAUGCACCCCGCGCUCUUCCGGACCCACACCGCGCUCCUCUGCGCGCGCGCCGUCUUCCUCCUCCAGCGCUCGCAGCGGCUCGCCACGAGCCUCUCCGUGGCGCCGGCGACGCCCUGGUCCGCGCCGGAACAGCCAUCGGAGUGGUCGUACGAGUACUGGACGGCGCUUGAGGAGACGCAAGCGCAGCGCGCAUUGGGUGUGCUCGUAGAGCGUCUGGUGCAUUUCGGGCUCGGGAUGUAG